AUGAGAGGGCAAAGUACAGAGGAAUUCAAAGAUCCCUAUGGCUGUGCUGAUGGGCCGGAGCCCAAACCAAGGCUGGGCUCCAGGGUUGUGACACUCUGGAGCCAGCGACCAAUCCCCCGACUGCUGAUCGAGGGUGGCGAGGGCCUGAAUGUCUGCGGCCCACGUCCAAGAGGGCCAGACCCUGCACUCCGGGACAUGGCGCUCCAGCGUGCCGUCCUCCUGGCUGGCCUCCUGGUGGAAGUUGCUAGCAGAUCCUCGGGAACUGCGGGUCAGCAGCCUGAGUGCUGUGUGGAUGCGGGGGACAUCAACGCCACCUGCCCAGGCACUAGCCUGUGUGGCCCAGGCUGCUAUGGGCGCCCAGCCGAGGAUGGGAGCGUCAGCUGCAUCCAGUGCAGGAACGGAACCCACAACAGCUCCGAGUGCAGAGGCCUCGCCGGCCGAGGUGCACAGUUCCCUGUGAACAAGAGCACAGGGAUGCCUGGGCGGCAGAGUGUCGGGGGCCCUCAGGUGGCCGCCUCCCUCUUCCUGGGGACGUUUCUCAUCAGCUCGGGCCUCAUCCUCUCCGUGGCUGCAUUCUUCUACCUCAAGCGAGCCAGCAAGCUGCCCAAGGUCUUCUAUGGAAGAAACAGAGCUCCCGCCCUGCAGCCUGGUGAAGCCGCCGUGAUGAUCCCCCCACCUCAGCCCUCAGUGCGGAAGCCGCGCUACGUCCGGCGUGAGCGGCCCUUGGACAGGGAUGUGGGCCCCACCACUGUCUCCUCUGUGGAGGCCCGGGUGAGCAACGUCUGA